ACGGACAAGCUAAGAAGAGAUGGAGAACGGCCGCGACGACGCCGUGGCCUCCGGCGCCGGCGAGAGGAUUAGGGUCCUCGUUGUGGAUGAAGACCCCGUCCACCUCGAGGCCAUGACCCAAACGCUCAGCCGCUGCGGGUACCAAGUGACAACGAAAGCCUCGCCCGCCGAAGCACUGCAAGAAGUACAGGAGAACCCAGACCGGAUUGACCUCGUCAUGACGGUGGCGCACAUCCGAGGGGAUGGAAUCGAUGGCUUCACCGUCCUCGAGCAGGCCAGGGAUCAUUACCCUGUCAUCUUGUUCUCUGACGACGCAACCGCAGAGACGGUGAGGAGGGGGUUCAUUGGAGGUGCGUGUGACUUCCUGACCAAGCCCCUGAACGACAAUGUUAUGCGCAACAUCUGUCAUCACGUCAAGCAGCGGAGGAUCAACACAGCCCCUAGCGUCGGCCCCAUGAACGCCGAUUCUCGGAGCAACCACAUUGCCCGUGAGGAUCGCCUAUCAGGGAAAAGGCCAAUAGCAGUGGACGACUCCAAUGAGGGGCGUUUGGACAGCAGAACCACCAAAGGGAUCAAGUUCCAGUGGACUGCACAUAAGCAUGCUUUUUUCCACAGAGCCACCAACCGACUCAGUGAAAUAAAAGACUAUACUCCAAGAAAUAUAAGAGAACUUACUACUCAGGAGGACAGUGCAAAUGCAACUACAGAUAAAGAUAGCAGCCAUCUGCAGAAAAACAAAGGGGACUGCCCAACUGAUUGGCUUUCAACUAUGCCCACGAGUCCACAACACUAUAACAAUACUUUGAAUGACUAUCCGAAAUCACAAGAUGCAGAGGGAAGUUUCGAGUUCAAUAUGAGAUCUGGGGGAGUUGGUUUUGGUUUUCAUGGAAAUGGGGGCAGCACGACUAGUCUUGCUGGAGGUACCAAUACUGAUAAUGGAGAUGGCAUUGGCAAUGGUAAUGGAGCUCUAGCAAAUGGGAGCAUGGUCAGUGCAUCACUGCCCUGCAAUCUAGAACGACCAUUACAGCAGCCAGUGUCCACUUUGAAUUUAUUUCCAAGUAAUACAAUGCUUCCCAUGGAUAAUCCAAACCAUAGAAGCCAACGGGAGCUUCCACCACACUUAUAUCGACUCAGCUAUGACUGUAGCAUUGGAGGGAUAAGGAUGUCGCCUUGGCCUGUGGAUGAUGAUGAUGACCUGCUUAGAAGCUACCUUGGUGAGAAUGAGGUCAUACAAAAUACCGCAACCACAGAUAUGGCCCAUGGAAUACAUAAUGCAGCAACCAUGGACAUUACAACUGUGGAGACGACCCAUGAAAUUCCUGGAGAUGGUGCUGCUGAUCAGACCAGUGCAGUGCAGCUUCAAGGCCUCGGAAGUGAGCUUUUCCGCUCGGAGAGCACUACUGUUGAAGCAGCCGGCACAUCAGGUGCAGGUGGAGUAGUGACAGAUGAGAUGAUGCAUGGCAUAAAUAUGGAAGAAUUCAUGAACUUUAUGAACCAGGAGGUCUGAAGGGACGGAGGAGACCAUGGGAGCAAAGUGAAAUUAGAGGAAAGCACACAUAUCACAUAGAACCAUGAAUAAGAAGAUAUAUGUCUAUUUUGCUCCUGUAUAAAUGUUGAAGAAGCUUCAGUACUGUAAUAAGAUUAUUUUACCUUGGAUGUGAUUUUUUUAAUGUGAACUGAGAUUAAAACUGGUAA